UAGAGGAGGCUUCAGAGAUAUCAUCAGAAAGCAGCUCUACAACACUCAUCGUCGCCUUGGGAAAGUGAUUUGACACUGAGUUGCUGUAUACCAACAGGUUUGAAAGUAAUAGAAGUGAGCAGCGCACAUAGACUGACUUGGUGGACAUUAACAGUGAUAACCGAUUCCAUACAACAAGUAUUAUCAGACUAAGGAUCUAAGCUCCAGUGAUGGUGAGUGUGGCUAGGCUGGUGUUGAUGCUGGGGCUGCUGCUGUGUCUGGGAGCCCAGCUGUCCUCCUCCCAACACUGGUCCCAUGGCUGGUACCCAGGAGGCAAGCGGGAACUGGACUCAUUUACCACCUCUGAGAUUUCAGAGGAGAUUAAACUCUGUGAGGCAGGAGAAUGCAGCUACCUGAGACCACAGCGAAGGAACAUCCUUAGGAACAUUCUUUUGGAUGCCCUGGCCAGAGAAUUCGAGAAGAUAAAGUAACCUUACAACUGAAGCUGACUUAAAUCCUUCCUUGUCUAUCUGUUUAUUUCAAAUGACCGCUAUUCUAAUCUUGUGUCCUUUGAUCCAAUUUGAUUGUUUAUCAAUUUUGAUAAUAUGUCACAUCCCUCCAUCACUCACCCUUGCACCCCCUUUAUUGUCCCUUUAGACUCAAUUACAAAUGUAGCAUCAUGCACAUGCCAUUUCCUGUAAUAAAGUAUCUAUUUUGUUAUUAAUGUC